UCAGUCAGUGCUCUCGCCUCAUACAGUACGCGGCCGCACACGGCUGUACACAGCACUGUCCACCCCUUCAUCUCCUCUUCACUUGCCGAUACCCGGAGCCAUGCGCCUCAUCCAGAACAUGUGCACUAUCAGCGAAUGCCCCCCUGCCAGCAGCGCGGAGGGCGCGGGCACCAGCAGUGGUCCGGGGGGCAGCAGCAGGGUGAUCAAGAUCGCUGUGGUGGGAGCCAGUGGCGUUGGCAAGACAGCGCUGGUGGUCCGAUUUCUCACCAAGCGGUUUAUUGGCGACUACGAGAGGAAUGCAGGAAACCUGUACAGCAGACAAGUCCAGAUAGACGGAAUGACGCUGGCCAUCCAGGUGCAGGACACUCCAGGUGUACAGCUCCAUGACCAGAGACUGGAGUGUAACGAGCAGCUGAACAGGUCCAUCAGAUGGGCAGAUGCUGUUGUCAUCGUCUUCUCCAUCACAGACUGUAAGAGCUACGAGCUCAUCAACCACCUCCACCAGCAUGUGCGCCAGCUGCACCCCGACAACAGAGUGCCCGUCGUGAUCGUCGCCAACAAAGCGGACCUUCUGCACCUCAAGCAGGUCGAACCACAGCAUGGACUUCAGCUGGCCAACCUGCUGGGCUGCACUUUUUACGAAGUCAGCGUCAGUGAGAAUUAUAUUGACGUUUGCAAUGCGUUUCAAGUACUUUGUAAGGAGAUCAGCAAGCAUCAAACCACCAGCACACCCGAGAAGAGGAAAAACUCCCUCAUCCCUCGGCCAAAGUCUCCAAACAUGCAGGACUUGAAGAGACGCUUUAAGCAGGUCCUGUCCGCAAAAGUGAGGACUGCCACCUCUGUCUGAAGAGACCAUGUUAGCUGCUGUCUUUCCUGUUCUUCCAAACAAGAGAGCUCCUAAGGUUGCGAUCAUGGAUCAUGUUUGACAUUACGGGCUCAGAGGAGGCUCAUGAGUGACCUGAAGGCUUCCAAGGAAGCGUUUUAUGCAGAGGGAGUGAAGCUCAUGAGAUAAGUGGCAAAUGGACACCAAAGAAAGGUUUUAUGGUUGGAAGCGUGUGGUCACCUGAGAUAUGGGAGACCAGUAAUGGACACAUUUGUGGACUCCAGUGUGGGAUUCACUAUGAGUGAAAACGUUGGCAGAUAAUUUAGAAGUUGCUAACAUCCCCAUGUUUGGUCUCCUAUUACCACAGUGUACAUUGUACCUUCUUUUUAUACGCCAUGGCUUGCUGUUGUUGGGUAGAUGGAGGUCGCUAUACGCACAGAUGAUAGAGGCGAUGGUAGAUGUGGUUGUGGCUCAUAUUAUGCCUCGUGCCGUCAUCACACGCAGAGUCUUCUGCUCAGUCUCUCAUGAAGCAUUGUAAACAUGUGCUUUGUCUGCACUUUUCCGUCCUGUGGUAAACCUGAGCAGUUUUUGGGGUGCUCAGCUCUGCAGACAUUAGGGGGCAUUGGUAUCGCUUCUGAAUUUAAAGAGACCCCCAGUCUCUAGCCUACGACUUGUAUGAAUUGCACUUUAAAAGCCACCCGUGCUUUUUGCUUUGUAAAUUGUAACUUAUUUAUUUUUGUGUACAAUAAAUGCCUACGAGGCCAGCUUUUUAUCCACGUUUACUUGGU